UGUUUCUUUUUAUUAAGUGGGUCAAAUUGGUAUUGAUAUUUAAGAGGACGUGAUAUUUAAGAUUGCAAAAAAAGUAAAAAGAUUUUGCCGAAGUCGUUGGUGAUGGAAAGUCCAAAGCCUGCGAAAAAGAAAAGAUGCAGAAAUGCUUGCCGGCAAAUCAUGAAAAUUUUAGGGUGUGUAAUUUUUGGUGGAUUCAUUUAUGAGAAUAUUCCGAAAAAUCAAAAAAGCGCCAAGUCAACUAUAAGCUUCACUGGAACUGCAACAAGAAGUAAUCAAUUUACAGAAGGUAAUGCUUGUUAUGUUUCCUCUUGUAAUAUUGUUUGCAUUGGUGGCAAUCUCGAGGAUGUAUCCAAUACUCUGCAAAAGGCUACAAGUUCAGAUGCAGUGUGCUCCAGUGGUUACAAUUUGACCAUUUAUAACACUACUUUCCCUAAUUCAACAUUACAAGAGAAUUGGCUUGCUGGUGAUUACAAUAUUAUCAAACUUUAUCUCCUGGACGUUAACUUGACAGAAGUUGAGGCGAAGGCAUUUGAGAACUCAGUUUUCAAAUAUUUGACUGAUCUUGAGAUAUCCAAAGCAAACAUUUCCAACUUGCCCAAUGGGGUAUUUUCAAAACUGCAAUAUUUAGGUAGUUUGAAGCUGGAUGCUAGUGUAAGAAACUUUUCUUCAGAAUACUUGCAAGGGGUAGCACCCUAUAUCAUACACCUUGACAUACACGGAAUGUCAACGGAAACAUCGCCAAAAGCGUUGUUUGGAAGUCUGCCCUUAGAGGGUUUGAAAUCGCUGGACUUACGUUAUAAUAAUUUCGGGGAUAAAAUUGCAAGUGACAGCUUUGAAAAUGUUAAAGCAACUUCUAUUCUGUUGUUGGCGUCCUGCAAUAUUAGUAAUUUGCCGGUUGGGGUGUUUGAUUCUUUUGCGGAUGGUUUACAAUACUUGGAUUUACGAAAUAAUAACUUAACCACGGUUAGUGGAGACAUUUUCGAGCCGCUUAUUUCGCUUUACAAAUACGUUCAAAUUGGUUUGGGUGGAAAUCGCUGGAAUUGCAGUCCCAGACUCAUUUCACUAGCCAAGCUAAUGGAAGAGUUUCCACUCGUAUUCGAAGAUCAGCUCUAUUGUGCAUCACCGCUAGAACUAGAGGGAAUACCUUUGAAUUCAAAUAUUCUAUCAAACUUCCUAAACACAACAGGGACUGAGGGCAAAAUGAAUCGCACAACAAGUAGAAGUACUUCUGCUACCGACGCUUUUCAUGAAAGUACCACCGCAGCUAACAUGAAGCCAAAUGCAGCAUUAACUGAAGUCGUGUGCGGUACAAAUGAGAAUAAUGGACACGAAACUGGCAAUUCCAACGAAGUGGGGAGUGUUUUAACCAUUGAAGAUGCGGUGGCUAAAUUCAACAUCUCCAAAGUGUCAGUCAAUAGCGUGGAAAUUAUCAUCGACGGCAAUAGUGAAGACCUCACAUUGUUAUGGUUCAGUGGCGCUUCCAACAACGAGGGAAAUAUGGAAAACCAUUACAAGGACUAUAGUUCGGAAUGUGCAGAGCUUGGAACGCAUAGGUAUAUUAUAAGCGAUCUCGAGUUGGGAGUGCUCUACACCAUUUGUGUCAUUCGGAAUGAUGAUUCUGAAGUACCACCAAUGAGCUGUCAAUCCUACUUUGUCGAGAUCGAAUGCGUCGGAGAUGACUGGAUUUCACAACUUCCUGGUACUACAAUUAUGGCCACUUGUGGAAUAGGAAUUGCAGCGGCUAUGCUUUUAGGCGCCGUUGUAAUGUUUUGUGUUGUUCGUUGUUGCCCCACUCUGUUGGAAGGUUGUGACCGAAUCGUGGUUCUUGAUAAAAAUAUAAAGGAGAGGAAGGACAAGGACCCAACGAAAAGGUGGAAGAUAGCAAAAAAAUGCCGUUCCGUUCCCUCGACUUAUGAAGUGAUCCCCUGCCGCACGUUCACAGCAAUUCGGAAAGACAGCAUGUAUUUUAAAAGAAUUCCUGAACAUUCACCACCGCCACUACCCAAGAGGUCGUCCGUAGGAAUUGCCUCGGAAUUUCCUGCAGAAGGCAACAAAUUAAGUUUGGUGACUGAUCUUGAUGAUGGUUAUUUUGUACCUUGUAGCCGCGCUUAGGGA